AGCAAGCGGAGAUGAGCAACCUGAUGGUAGCCAUGACUAUGUUCAUGGAGACCUUCAAACAUUACGCCGGUGCUGACGGGGACAAGGAGAAGCUCAGCAAGGCCGAGGUCAAGACUUUGCUAGAGAAGGAGUUCAACUUCGAGUGUCCAAAGAACCCAGACGAGGUGGACAAGUUGAUGAAAGGUCUGGACUUAAACGGAGACUCGCAGAUCGACUUCCGUGAGUUCAUGGUGAUCGUGGUUGCCCUCACCUGCGCCUGCAAGGGCUACUGACCCAGGAAGUGAGAGGCGCCACGCCCGGCCACAAUGUCCUGCCGAGGCCUUGAAUAAAAGCACGUUCAACACCUGAA